GCGGAGAAGGGUGGGAACGGGGUUUGUCCUUUGCCUCACUGUACCCCUCCCUUUUCCUCCCAUCACAAUGGGCGUUGACUUAAUAAAACUCCUAGAACAUAAGCCCCACAAGUCUUCACUCCAGCCCAGCCUGUUCAGUUUCAGCAUCUUGACCUGCACAACUUCCUGCAGCCAUGACGGAGUUAGAGCAUUCCAUGGAGUCCAUGAUAACGGUGUUCCACCGCUACGCCAAAGAAAGCAAGCACGAAAAGAGGCUGAGCAAGAAAGAACUGAAAAAGCUACUUGAGAAUGAGUUACCCAACUUUAUGAAAGGGAACCCUGAUGUCGUGGACCGCAUCAUGAAAGAUUUGGACCAAAACAAGGACGACGAGUUGAACUUUGAAGAGUUCGUACCCCUGGUCGCUGGCCUCGCCAUCACCUGUGAAAAGGGUUGCGCCAUGCUCCACGGAACGAAGGGCAAGAAGUGAAGUGCAAAUGUAAAGGAAAAUAUUUUUUGAUUUUAUUAGAUGAAGAGGAUUUUGUAGCACAAAUGAAUCCUAGAUUCACAAGUAAAUGAUUUCACUACUGUU